UUGAGAAGAAGGAGCUGCAGCAGGAGACGGCAUCGACCUGCAGUAACCGAGCCGCCCUCUGUGCAGUUACAGUGGUUCUGUGUUUCAGAAAGAAUACUUUAAACUUUGUGUGAUGUGACUUCUACUGGUGGACGUGAAACAGGCUUUCAGGCCCUGUCUUACCAAACAUGAUCGGACUCUUCGAUCUGAGGGAGGACACCAUUAUCCGUUAACAAGAGGAAGGAGCAAAGGAUCAGAUAAAGGAGGUGUGUCUUUUAUAUAGAUAUGAACAAGAUUGUGGGCAGACCUUGGACCGUCCUCCAGUGAAAUGUAACGUCAUGUGCUGAGCUGCACACUGAUAAAUACACACAAACCCAUUGAAAGUUAGCUGAAGGGAACCAGCCGACAGGAGACAGAAGUCUCUCACCAGUCCUUUGGAUGAACACAGUUAAAGCCCUUGAUUGAAUUAUAAGGAUUCACCUCAUCAGUACGUGCUCAAUCUCAACAGUACUGCUGGACGACAACUUUCACCUUGUUUUUAAAGCUUCAACAUUUCUACUUUUGAGUGGACUGAGGAAAGGGCUUCGCACCAGUUCGGAUGAAACCAUGUGUCAUGUGAUUGUUACUUGCCGCUCGAUGCUGUGGACCCUGCUCAGUAUUGUGGUAGCCUUUGCCGAGCUCAUUGCCUUCAUGAGUUCAGACUGGCUGGUGGGGAGACCGAAGGCGAACAGCAGCCCUGUCCUGGCAAACCGCUCCAACACGUGGAGAGACCCUUACCACCCAAAACUGGGCAUCUACAGCCGCUGCAUCAAACUGCCAACUUUAAAACGAGGGAACCUGUGUGGUCCGUACGCUGACAGCUUCAAUGAAAUUGCCAGUGGAUUUUGGCAAGCGACGGCUAUUUUCCUGGCGACAGGAAUUCUCAUUCUGUGUGCUGUGGCUUUUGUCUCGGUCUUUACCAUGUGUGUGCAGAGUAUUCUGAAGAAAAGCAUUUUUAACAUUUGUGGAUUACUACAGGGAAUUGCAGGUCUCUUCCUAAUUCUUGGUCUGAUCCUUUAUCCUGCUGGAUGGGGUGCUCAGAAGGUGGUGGACUAUUGUGGACCAGAUGUUUCACCUUAUCAGUUAGGUGCCUGUUCUCUGGGCUGGGCCUUUUACACAGCAGUCGGUGGUACUGUCCUUACAUUCCUCUGUGCAGUGCUGUCUGCACAAGCAGAAAUCGCAACAUCCAGUGAUAAAGUGCAGGAAGAGAUCGAAGAAGGGAAAAACCUGAUUUGCUUGCUGUGAGAUAACGUUUCGGGUGCUGUUUAUUCUUUAUGGCAGUCUUAAUCUUUUUUGUUUCGUUUCUGAAAACGGCACCAGGAGUUUUGACAUUUUACUGCCUUCCCACUGAAUUUGAAACUCGGAUAUAUGCAUUUUUGUGGCAUUGAUCUGAAACUCAACUCUACCCAAAGAUUGACAGAACAAGAAAUGCCACACACCAGUCAAUAGCUGCGAUCGCAAGAAAAUUCUGAAUGUUGUCCCUUCGUCCUAGACUGUGUCUUCCACUAGAGGCUGCCUGCUACAAUGGCUCACAAUCCAAUAUGUUUAAAGAGUUGUCAAGGGACAAAGCCUUCUCACAUUACAGCAGAAGCAGAAGAUAUUUUAUGUGCACCUCAACAACGUUGUGUUUAGUUAAAAGCAUCUUUUGAAUUUUUAGAGGGAAGGUAUUUUUCACCGUCCAGUUUGAUUUUCUAUGUGAUUUCCUAUACCCUCUAACAUUAGAGGCCAAAAUUGUUUUGAAAUUGCUGCAAUACAUUUUCAAUUUAGCCAAAACAUUUCACUGAAACAAGGUCCCGGCAAAGAAGAACAGUGCAGCUCAUUGUUUUAUUGAGAAAGAAGUGAUCCAAACUAAUUGUGGAUAAAUUUUUGCGAGGGUGGUAGUCGUAAUACAGGACAGAGGUGGAUGAUUUCACCAGAAGUGAUUGGAGGUCUGCCUCCAUUGGUCCCCCAUCAGUCUGCCAUCUCCAGUCAGCUGAGUAACUCACCAUUGAUAGGCUUUCCUCAAACACGGUAGUGUGGGCCUCACUGCUGAGAGCUGUCGACAAAAGACUGGCAGCUCAUUCUUUUGGCAGUACCACCCAGCAAACAAUGGCCAUUGCGUGGAACAGACAACAGAAACCUAGGAUUUCAAUGCUACACAAGGCCAGAGCACACUGGUAACAGCAGGUUGUAUGAGAUUCAGGUGUCUCAGGAGCAAUGGCUAGGGUUUAGCACUCCACCAGCAGCCUGUCAAAUUGCCAUUAUCUGGUUCUUCAACUGGGCAUUGAGUGCCUUUGAAUGAUGAACCAGUCCCCACCCACCAAGAGAUCACAAGCAACCCACGUGGGUUGGUGGAUGUUUGUUGCCCAUAUAAGGGCAAGGUCUUCACAACUGUCAACAGGACCCUCCUUCCCUUGGCUUUCCCAUCCAAGUCCUUAAUAAGAGUAGAGACAUUGUGGUGUCAGGGUUCACACCUGCCUGACAAAAUGGCCCUCCAUCUCUGUCGGGGAGAGAAUAAAAUGUUGCCCAUUCUAUAUGUUAAGUGUGCUAGACUGCCUUGAAACAUUUUCUAAGAGAUGAGAAAACAGGGGCACGAAACAAUUGAUUCAUAAUACGUGGAAGGUAAAGUUUCAUCAACUUUACUGGUGAAAGGAAGUUUUUCUGAAGCUAUUGUUUAUUACAAGCAUGUUGUAUUGAAACAACAACACCCAAAUGGUAAGGCCUGUUAAAUGACAGCCAUCUCCAUUCAUAACACCUCCCUGUUUCUCUGUUGUGGCUGUCUCGACAAUCAUAAGUACAACUGUGUAACCCAUUCACCUCAGCACACGUCCAUGGUCAGCUGUCAUAUGUCAACGUGGUGCUAACGUUCAGUGAACUGUGAAUCUAUUCUGUUUGAACAGAGCCUUGCUGUUUAUACAAAAUGAUGGCUUAUGCUCGAAACGUCGAAUUCUCUAUUCCUGAGAUGCUGCCUAACCUGCUGUGCUUUGACCAGCAACACAUUUGCAGCUGUGAUCUCCAGCAUCUGCAGACCUCAUUUUUUACUAUACAAAAUGAAACAAGCAGUCAUUACCUAUCACCUGUGCCAAUCAUUCAACAAUGCAUAAUCAUUCUAAUCAUAUUUCCACUUCUGAUGCUGUUUGUGAUCUGUGCAUUCAUGCAUUUGCCAAAGAAAAUGCCUCCUGCACUAUACAUAACUGAGAACCGUUGCACAGUUAAUAUUAUAGGGUAUUGCCAAUUGUCAGUCAUUUUAAGUAAGAUGCAUCAUUUUACCAGCAAUUUUCAAUACAAGUGAACACCAGGAAUGCAGAGUGCCAUUUUCUAUUAAAUUAAACUUUAUGGAACAUUUCAAGCUUAAUCCAGUGCCAGAUUAGAUUUGAGGAGUCAAGUGAAUUGAAUUUCAAGAAUCACCUCCAAAUCAAUGCAUGUGAAACAAUUCCACACCUAUUUGGUAGGGCUAGGUGUGAUACCUUCUAAACCCAUAGACUGUACCACUUUGAAAGUCAAAUGCAAUAGACCUAUGGGAACACUACCACCUACAAGUUCUCCUUGAAGCCACAUGUCAUCUUCACUUGGAAUUCUCCUGCUGUACCUCCACUGUUAGGGGGUCAAAAUUCUGGGACUUCCUUCACACCAGGGACUACCUGCAGCAGACGAACUGCAAUGGUUCAAAAAAGCCUUGCAAGAACACUUUAUCAAGAGCAAUUAGGGAUGGGCAAUAAAUGCUGGACACUUACAUCCCAUAAAAAUAUAGACAAACUAUUCCUCACAAAUGCCAAAAUAAUUUAUUUUGUGAAGCACAUAAAUGGUGCACCUACUUGUUGUCCACCGAAGGCCAUCAAGCAAUGAAAACUGGAAUUAAGGAACGAAAAUAAAAUUUGUGCCAUUCCAAAGCUGGUCAGCCUUGUCUUCCAAACAGCAGUGGCAAAGAUGCAUCAGAAAGCUGCAGGUGGUGCCAACACAGAACUGAACUCUUAUAGGAAUAAAUAGGAUGGACAGACUUUUCCUAAGAUGCUUAGCUUGAUUGUGAAUAAGAAAAAUGAACGGUCUGUGGAAUCUUAUCAUUGUCUGUACCGUUAAACCUGUGUAUUAUUACUAGUUCUUUGUGAUUACAUAAUGACCACAUUUAAAUAAGAAGGGCCAUAAUUUUGGCUGAUGCUCAUUGUUCAGUAACCCAUUGUGUUUAAUGUUACGUGCCAUAGUCUUUUGUAAAAUGUUAACCAUUAUUUAAAAUUAAUACACCGUGUGAGAUAUGUGCAAUAAUUGAUAAAGAAAUUGAAAUUGUUUAUCGUGCAAGUGUGCAUGGGAGGUGAAGUAGUGGUUUUGAUUAGGGCUGAUGGGAUGGGUCUUGUCCAUUUAAAUUUACUGGUGCCAGGACAUACUGCUGGAAUAUUCCUUGUCCAGCAAAAUGUUCACUAUUUCUAAAUAAAUGCAGUGUUACUAAACAAGUGAUCUCGUUGUAUGCUGGGUCACCUCAAAUGGAACAACCAAAUAGCAAGAGUUCCAAGCUCCAGCCAAGACCCAGUCCCUUUUACCAAGUCACCAAAAGUCAUUGUUAGGUUAAAUAGCUAGUGUUCCUGAGAUUGACACUGAAAUUCCUAGCCUCAGUUAUAUCUUGCAGAAGUUGUCAAAGUAAGACCUAGGACCUUCCCUUUGCAAGGUGGGAAGAAUGAUUAGUCUUUUUACUGUGGUGCAUUGUAGGACUUCUAGGGAGCAACAAAGAGCAGCAUUGGUAAUGGUCAGGAACUGUUCAGCCUCUUGAGUCAUUUGUUAUAGACAAUGGUGAAAAUAAAAAUCAAAUUAAUUGGAACAGUAUAAUUUUACUUUGUACCAAACUUAAUACAAAUUUAUAAAACAAACUGGAUAAAGGAUACAACAUUGAACCACUAGCUACAAUCAGUUUUUUUUAAAUGAUAGAUCUCUGCUAUAUCCUUGUUAACCUCAGUAGCAGAAAUCAGGGUCUGCUGCCCUGUUGGGAGCUGAGGUAUAAAUUAAAAUGCAUGCAAUGAAUUUCUAGACAAAGGUUCUUUUCAGCCCUUUUCCUAAACUAUCUGCACACAACUUACACUGUAAUCUUGGACUCUACCAUCAUGAGGAAAUGCCGUGAUUAUUAAAAGGCCGGUUGAAAAGAACAUUUAGUAAGAUUAACUAAUGAAGUUUCCCUGUGUUUCAAAUGAAGAUUUAUUUUUUUAACCCAGCCCCUAAAGCCAAGUUUCAUCAUACAUCAUGACAAUAAGAUGAUUUUUGGGAUAUGAUUUAAAUUAAUUGUGAAACCAAUAACCACUAUUACUAAACUGCUGAGGUGAUUGCAAAUAGUUAACUGUAACCAAAGCUGUCACUUCUGGAAAUCGGGUCUAGCUAUUUAGCUGCAGGACCCAGCUAGCAAUUUAAACUAUUACUGACCUAGUGAGAAUUCAGCAAUGCUGUAAGUAUUUCCUUGAUGUUUCCAAAAUGCUGAAGAUUGGAGUGCAAAAAUCACUUAUUAAAGCUGUUUGUGUUUCAUACUA